AUGCCAGAUCACCCAGGCAAUCAUGCCCGCUUCCUGCCUAGGAAACCACGUGGUGGGGCAGACUUUAAACCUGCAGCCAUCAAAGUGCUAUCUACAGUGUCGCAGUCAGAGGAACAAUCGAGUGAGGAGAGCUUGGGGUUGUUGUCGUCAUGGGGAAAGGGAAAAAGAAGGGCCAUGGUGGCGCCACCGGUAAUAAUAAGAAGACUUCAGAUGGACAAGGCGCUAGCGCUGGCAGUAGUAGUGACCAGCAAGCGAUCAGCGAAGACGAGUUCUUUGGACUCGAAGUGGUGGCAACCGAUAAGAACAAUUAAAAGAAGGAUGAAAAGAAAUUCUACUCGUAAGUCGAGAUUGUCUGUCAUUGGAGAGCCGAGAGCUAAUGGGCGCUUGCGUAGUGGGAACGCCAAAGAAAAUAGUCCUACAGUCCAAGUCAAAGAGACAGAAAAUGGAUUAGAGGAGUCAUUGAACUCUUCUAAAGGCACCAAUACAAGGGAGCCUGAAUUCCCUGUACGCCCUGGGUUUGGGACAAAGGGGUCGAUGGUCACAGUGCUCGCAAACCUUUUCGAAAUGAUGUUGAAAGAUACCGAAAAAGAUUUGGUCCUACAUCCAUAUAAGAUCACUGUUGUCCCACCACCAAAAGGGAAAAGAUUGGCCAGCCUGAUCAUCGAGCUCUUACUGGAUCGAGCCCCAUACAAAGACUUUCGAGACUGCAUUGUCACAGACAAACGUCAAACCCUCAUCUCGUCCAAGAAACUCCAAGAUCCUAAAGAAGAAGAGAAAUUUAUAGUUAAGAGAGGGAAGGAAAUCCAAACACAAGAACAGUGGUCCACAACUUACACCGCUAAAGUCACGGUCGAGACUGAGUUGCCACUCUCCCUUUUGAUCCAUUAUCUCAAAUCUUCCGAUAUUAACGAAGUAUUGGUCCUGGACAAGAACUUGUACCUUCACGCUCUGAACAUCUUCUUGUCUCAUUAUGCGAAACAUGAAUCGACCAUGUACACAACAGGCAACAGAUGUUACGCUCAGAAGUCUAUCUCGGACGAAAACAUGAGUAAAGGCCUUGGCGCUGGCUUGAAAGCUGUUCGUGGAUUCUUCAGUAGCGUUCGGCUGGCAACGGCGCGAAUCCUUGUGAAUGUCAACGUUAGUCACAUAGCUGUCUACAACGAAGGAUCUCUUUCCCGCUUGAUACAAGAUUUCGGUUCCGACAGCAUGUCAAAUCUUAAUACUUUCCUUUUUGGACUCAAAGUGAGGACUAUGCACUCGGACGGAAAUGACAAGAUACCAAAAAAGAGUUCAAUCUUGGGGCUUGCCUCAAAAGAUGACGGCAAUAAACUCGAUAAUCCGCCUCAAGUAUCGAAAUUUGGCGCGGGUUCGAGAGACGUAAAAUUCCACAGGGGAAAUUGCUAUGUCAGCGUAUUCGAAUACUUCCACCAGCGUGAGUAUUCCUCCGGCCUUCUUUACAAGAUACUGAUCUUUUUGGCAGAGUAUCCGGGCAGACAUAGGAAUACUGAGGACCCGGUCGUCAAUGUGGGGACUAAAGAGAAACCAACCUAUCUCCCAGCCGACGUCUGUCAAGUCGAACCGGGUCAGCCUUGCAGGAUGAAGCUCGACCCCACGCAAACACAAAAGAUGAUCGAAUUCACGGUGCGUCGACCCUGGAAGAAUGCAGAUUACAUCACUGGACCAGGUGUGAAGCAAGUCGGUCUAGAGCGGAAAGAGAAUCCUGCCCUUAAAAACUUCAACCUCAAGGUCACAAACAAGUUGAUAUUAGUACAAAGUCGUACCCUUCAGCCGCCUAAACUCAUAUACAAAAACCAGAAUCAUAGCCCUCAAGAUGGAUCAUGGAAUUUGGCUGACUUCAAAAUGAAUUCAGCAAUGCGCUUGGGAGAUUGGGCUGUCUUUUUGAUAACCAAAGCCGGCAAGACAGAUUUCACCAAGACUGAUGACUUCGUGGCUGCAUACAAAAAGUUGAUGGUAGAGAUGCGGAAAAUUGGGAUGACUAUCGAGAAGGCCCCCGGCCAAAUCAUGGCACAAGUGUCAAAAGGAAUUGAGUUACCGAAUGAUGACCAGAGGCAGAAGGUGGACAGAAAGAAUCGGGACGAUCUCGCAAGUGUCCUUAGUAAGCCAGGGUUCAAAUUCUUCUUUGUUUGCUUGCCAGACGAGGACAAGGCCAUUUACAACCAUGUCAAAAGGCUGGCCGACAUCCAUUUUGGUGUUCAUACCGUGUGUGCUGUGGCCAAGAAGUUCUGGCCGAGUGGGCCACAGUAUCAAGCGAACUUGGCGAUGAAAUUCAAUUUUAAGCUUGGCGGAAUCAAUCAACUUGUUGACAACGCAAAACUUGGUUUCAUAUCUAAGGGCUCGACAAUGGUCGUUGGCUUGGACGUAACUCAUCCAUCCCCAGGCUCCUGCGUGAACGCACCUAGCAUUGCCGCCAUCGUCGCAAGUUACGAUAUUUACCUGAGUCAGUUCCCUGGAAAGCUUGCAAUUCAGGAAAAGAGCAAAGGGGAGAUGAUAUCGGGCCUUCAAGAUCUUAUGAUAAGCCGCUUGCUACUUUGGAGAAAGAAGAACAAGAACACAUUGCCCGAAAAUAUCUUAGUCUAUCGAGAUGGAGUCUCGGAGGGCCAAUAUCAAAAGGUCCUCGACGAGGAACUUAUACUCAUGAGGAAGGCAUUCAAAGCAGAGUAUGAUAAAGGAAAUAAGAAUACGACUAAGAACGAUACUUAUCCCCGAGUCACCAUCGUCAUCGUCGGCAAACGUCACCACCUCCGCUUUUAUCCCAAGGACCUCACAGAGGCCGCCAAAAACUCCAACCUCAAACCUGGCACCGUCAUCGAUCGCGGCGUCACCGAAGCUCGUAAUUGGGAAUUCUACCUCCAGCCUCACAGUGCACUUCAGGGCACCGCGCGCACCUCGCAUUACUAUGUCAUUUACGACCAGAUCUUCCACCACCACAGGUUAUCCAAGAGUGCUCAAUAUGAAAAUCAGGCGGAUAUGCUCGAGGGCAUCACGCACGCCAUGUGCUAUCUCUUCCCGAGAGCGACGAAGGCCAUUAGUGUCUGUCCACCGGCGUACUUGGCAGAUCUGCUGUGUGAGCGUGGGAGGGUCUAUUUGGAACGGUUGUAUGAUCCGCAGCCUUGGGUGAAUCGAACGAAUGAGAGAGCUGCGGAGCAGAAGGAGAUUACGGUUCAUGAUAGGUUGAAGGAUACGUGUUUUAUCUUUGAGGUGGUGGGGUGUGAUACACACCACGGCAUGCUUCAGCAGCUGCAGCAAGUAUCCGAGACUCUGGUUAUUGACAGCGGAUGUCUUACUCGACAUGCAUCAUGGAACUGCGGAUGGAUCGAUAUCUCGGGAUGGGCCGGUAAGAUCGAGAAGGGGGGGAUAAGAGAAAGAGAGUGGCGUAAGAAAGAGCGGGAACGAAGAAGAGGAGAGUUGAAAAGAGAUGAGGGGGAUGGGAGGGAUGGAAAGGGGGAAGGGGGAAGGGACAAGAAGGACGGGGGCGGGGGAAGGACGGGGGAGGAGAAGGAGGAGGAAGGGAAGGAGGGGGAAGGGGAAGGAGAUGAUGGGAGUGGAGUGAAGGUGGGGAGAGAUAAGAAAUAG